GUCGAAGCCUGAAUGAAGCCGUUCUUCUCCUGAGCUUCAGGACAGAGUGGAUUGUAUUUAUUCUGGGGCUCAUCGUGCCUUUUCGUUGACACUAUGAAUCGAGAGGGCGUCUGGGUUGUGGUGACGACCGUUUUCUCUGGAGCGAUGGUCCUGUGUGUGUUGGCGCUUCUGUGCUUCUUCACCUGCCGACUGGCGUCCAGGGUAGUUCCUAUAGGAGCGCCAGUGCAUCUCUGAAUGAGCAGAGCUCCAGGUUUGAUCGAGGAGCACAGCAGACGUUUGGAAGACGGGGCUCUGAAAUCAGGAUGACGAAGGUUAUCACCCUCAUCCUCUCAUGUCUGGUCUGGGGAGGCUUAGGGAAGCCGCAGUUUCCAGAGCAAGAAAAGGACCCUGUUUUCUGGAACAGCUGGGCUCAGCGGACACUGAAGAAUGCGAUGAAUACCCAGGAGCCGAACAAGAACGUUGCCAAAAACCUCAUCCUCUUCCUCGGAGAUGGUAUGGGUGUUCCCACGGUGACGGCGGCCAGGAUUCUGAAGGGUCAGCUGAGUGGACAGUAUGGAGAGGAGGUUCAGCUGGAGAUGGACAAAUUCCCCUACGUGUCUCUCUCCAAGACCUAUAACACCAACGCCCAGGUGCCGGACAGUGCCGGCACUGCCACGGCGUAUCUGUGUGGGGUGAAGGCCAACGAGGGCACAGUGGGCGUCAGCGCUGCGGCCGUCAGGGGCCAGUGUAACACCACUCAGGGCAAUGAGGUCACCUCCAUACUCAAAUGGGCCAAAGAUGCAGGGAAGUCUGUGGGUAUCGUCACAACGACGCGAGUGAACCAUGCCACCCCCAGUGCAGCGUAUGCCCACUGUGUGGACCGCGAUUGGUACUCAGAUGGAGAGAUGCCCGCUGAGGCACUGCAGGAUGGCUGCAAGGACAUCGCCAGGCAACUCAUGGAAAACAUCCCUGACAUUAACGUAAUUAUGGGCGGUGGACGCAAAUACAUGUUGCCUAAGAACACAUCGGACGUGGAAUACCCCGAAGAGAAGAAACACAGCGGAACGCGCAAGGACGGCAGGAAUCUGAUCCAGGAGUGGAUUGACAGAAGGAAGGACAAGAAGGGCUAUUAUGUAUGGAACAAGCAGGAGCUCCUUUCAGUAAACCCCUCUACUGCUGACUACCUUCUGGGGUUGUUUGAGCCAGGUGAUUUGACCUAUGAUCUGGAUAGAGACCGCAGCACUGACCCUUCCCUCACAGAGAUGGUGGAGGUGGCCAUCAAAAUACUGCGGAAAAACCCUGAAGGCUUCUACCUGCUAGUGGAAGGUGGACGAAUUGACCACGGACACCAUGAGGGUAAGGCUAAGCAGGCGCUGCACGAGGCGGUUGAGAUGGACCGAGCCAUAGGACGAGCCGGCCUGCUGACCAGCGCCCACGAUACGCUGACCGUCGUCACCGCCGACCACUCGCACGUCUUCAACUUCGGAGGCUACACAAUGCGAGGAAACUCCAUCUUUGGUUUGGCUCCCAUGGUGAGUGAUGUUGACCAGAAGCCAUUCACAUCCAUUUUGUACGGAAAUGGCCCAGGGUUCAAGCUGGUCAAUGGCUCGAGGGUCAACGUGUCCACAGUGGAUUAUCAGCAAAACGACUAUCAGGCCCAAGCAGCCGUUCCGUUACGGAUGGAGACGCACGGAGGGGAAGACGUCGCGGUUUUCGCCAAAGGCCCGAUGGCUCACCUGCUGCACGGCGUUCAGGAACAGAACUACAUCCCCCACGUCAUGGCCUACGCGGCCUGCGUCGGUCAAAACAAAGCCCACUGCCGAUCUGGAAACAGCGCCACAUCCAUUGCGAUUGCUCCACCCAGUCUGGCUCUGAUCAUCACAGCCACCUGGCUUCUCUGCUGACCCCUGUAAUGGCCAGUUGGCCUUCUCGUACUAUAUUUAGAGUAGAGAUGGUCUGGUCUGAACUGCUUCAGAUGGAUUAUAUGAGAUUUUAUAAGAAGGGUUUUUAAAGCAGUGGUAUGGAUUGGGGUCCUGGAGGUCAACAGUCCAGCACAGUUCAGCGCUUGCGUCUGAAACACAACUGAUUCGCCAAGUCACUGGUUAAAAAACAGCACCAAGAAGUCAUGUUUCUGGGUUAAUGGGUAAAAAUCAUGGAUUUUUUGGGAUAAGCUGUUGAAAAGAUGUCACUCUUGGAUUCACUCAUUGUUGAUUAAAAGAGCACAUGAUAAAGGACAGGAUUGUGCAAUUUCAUUCCCAUUGCCCUUUAGUGUUAGAGCAGAAAUCAUGGAACUCUGCUGGACUGUCCACCUCCAGGAAUGGAAAACAAUACGCUUGUUUUUGAAUUUUGGAACCACCGGAUGGUGCAUUUAAAAAGAAAUGUCUGUGAGACUCAGACUUGAUUUAGAGACCGAAAGGGAAAUGAUGACUGAUAUCACGAAAGGCGUCGUUUUAACUGUUUUUAACUCUGUAGUUCACGAUUAUAUAAAAUCAUUCCAAACUUGGUUUAACACACUUUCAAACUGAUCAGAGUAGCAAAAUUACUGGAACAAGUUUUUUUUUAUUUUUCUGUGUUUUGGUUAUUAAAUGCGCCCCACGAUUAGAAUUAUCUCACGGACAGUUGUCUUAUUUCUGAUAUUUCAGCUUUCUGAUCAGGUAUUUCUGAUACCUGGAAUCCGAUGAGAGGAAGGUGGUUAUGAAAGUCCACCCUUCAGCUGUUUAAUUUGCUUGAGUUUGUUUUUCAGGAGGUAUUUCUGUGAUCGGAUAUAAGAAAAUCCGCUGGCAUAAACAGGGAGAAAGUCAAAGGGACAUAAGUAAAACGUUUCUAAUGCUACAGUUCAGAAAAUAAUCAAAGGUUACAGAGAAAAUGGGCCUCCUAACAACCACCUGGAAGACCUGGUAGACCCCAAAACUGCCCCCAUCAGAUAAGCAGAUAAAUCUCUGAGAGGAGAAAAUCAAGCAGCUUUAGAACUGAAACUACACACAGGUGUUUCUGUCCAUCCUUCCGCUGGGAGAAGACUUUGGGUCAGAAGCAGAAAAUCCAACUUCUAAGACUGAACUUUGCAGAUCUGUAAAAAUGAUACAUUUUUUUCUCUGAUGCUGAAAAACGUUUUCGAUUGGGAAUUAAAUAAUUGAAGGGUGGUCUCUGACUUCGUAGACUGUGUGUUCUGGAUCCCCCCAAUUAUAGUACUUUAUUAAUUGUAAUUGGAAGUCAAAUCAAAUCUACCUCAACAAGAGUUCAUUUACGUGAUCUGUCAUUCAUCUAGGGAACGGGGGCGGUCCAUUAAAAAGGCAUAUUUUUUAUAUAUUAACUAUGUAUUGUUUCUGAACUUUGCUUAAAAGGAUACCAGAUGGAGUCGAAACUAUUUUUUUAAGAACAAACUGAAAAAAGUAUGAUCCCCUGCCAAUAAAGCUGGUCCUGUUUUUUUCUUUUGUUUUUUUUACCAAGAAUCCUGUGUUUGCGUGCUUCAUCUGCAGAGCGUAGUAUGUGGGUUUGAUUAAACUUCAUUAUGUCUUUA